CUUUUUUCGGCUUUUGGUCUUUGACGGUUGCGAACUUUUUGCUGCUGCUCCAGUCACCUCAGGUAUAGCUUGGGAUCCUUUGGUGUUCUUUAAUCAUCUUACCCUCUUACGAGCUUCCUUAGCUUACGGCUUUUGUCCGUUUCCACCUUGUUUCAUCGUUGCCUCAUCCCGCAUCGUGCCCCGCGUUGUCCGUUUCCCGUGUCAUAGACCGCUGUUCGAUUUGCUUCUCGCGAAUUGAAGAUUCACGCAUUGAGCUACACAAUUGAAAUAUAUUUGUGGCUUCAUAUCAUCAACACGCAAUCAUGGGUAUCUCAAUUGUUCUGGGUAGCCAGUGGGGUGAUGAAGGAAAGGGAAAGAUCACAGAUAUGCUUGCGCAGCAGGCUACGCUUUGCUGCCGUGCCGCUGGCGGUCACAAUGCUGGUCAUACCAUUGUUCACGGCGACAAGACCUACGACUUUCACAUCCUCCCGUCCGGUCUCGUCUCCCCCGACUGUGUCAACCUGAUUGGCGCCGGUACCGUGGUACACGUCCCCAGUUUCUUCAAGGAGCUGGCUUCUCUGGAGACCAAGGGUUUGGACAGCGCCGGCAAGCGCAUCUUCAUUUCCGACCGCGCUCACGUCUGCUUCGACCUGCACUCCGUUGUGGAUGGUCUGGAAGAGGCUAAGCUGGGUGGUCGCAAGGUUGGCACCACCGGUAAGGGUAUCGGCCCCUGCUACAGUGACAAGGCUGCCCGUCGCGGUGUCCGUGUGGGUGAAAUCCUGGACGAGGCUCUUUUCGAGCGUAAGCUGCGAUCAUUGGACGCUGGUUACCGCGCCAGAUUUGGCGAGCUGGAGUACAGCGUUGAGGAGGAACUUGCCCGUUUCAAGGAAUACCGCCAACGCCUGGGCCCUUACAUUGUCGACCAACUGGCCUUCCUCCAGAAGUACAAGGACGCCCCCAACACCCUGGUUGAGGGUGCCAACGCGCUCAUGCUGGACCUGGACCACGGUACUUACCCCUUCGUGACCUCGUCGUCGACCGGUCUGGGUGGUGCCGUGCAGGCCCUGUCCCUCAACCCCACCAGCAUCACCUCCAUCAUCGGUGUGGUCAAGGCCUACACCACCCGUGUCGGCUCGGGUCCUUUCCCCAGCGAGCAGCUGAACGAGUCCGGUGACAAGCUGCAGAGCGUUGGUAGGGAGUUCGGUGUCACCACCGGCCGUAGACGUCGUUGCGGUUGGUUCGACAUGGUCCUGUGCCGAUACUCCCAGGCUAUCAACCACUACACUGCGCUUAACCUGACCAAGCUGGACGUGCUCGAUGACUUUGACGAGAUCAAGGUUGGUGUCGCUUACAUUCUGCCCGACGGCACCCGCACGGAGAACACGAUGCCGGCCGACCCGGAGGUGCUGGAGAAGGUGCAGGUUGAGUAUGUUACCCUCCCCGGCUGGAAGAGCAACACCAUGGGUGUCAAGAAGUACGAGGACCUGCCCGCCAACGCGCGCGCUUACAUCGAGUACAUCGAGCGCGGCCUGGGUGGUGUCCCGGUCAAAUGGAUCGGUACUGGUCCGGCUCGUGACCACAUGAUCUGCCGCGAGUAGACAUAGAAAAGGUUUGUUUAUUUUUGUUAUAAUAUCCUGACUCGGUGCAGCUGGGAUGAUUUGUAUCAUGUGUAUAUGAUACCGGUGGCUAUCCGUGGUAGACGGUAGAGGUUAUAGAGUACAGUAGGAACUACAGUUUGUUAAUAUCCAUAUUCCAU